AUGGGAAGAGAGCUGGAGGAGCUUCGAGCGAGUUACCAGCAGGUGUGCGAGGAGAGGGACGCCUUAGAGGACCUACUACUACAGGAGCAGCUCAAGAAUGGCACUCCUGCUGACAAGCAGGUGGAGGAGGCGAGGGCGCAUGCAGCAGCGCUGGAGAUGGACCUGCAAGCCAUGGCCUCCCGCUGCGAGGAGUGGAAGCGCAGGGCGGGCGAGCGGGCGGCGGAGAUGCAUCCAGCGUUGGUGCAGGCGCUGCUGGAAGAGCGACUAGAGGAGCUCGAUGAGUCGGGCGUGCUCGCGCUGCAGGUGGAAUGCGCUCGUCUGCGGGACGAGCUGGCGAAAUCCGAGGUGCUGCGCUUCGAGCUCUAUCGCAGCCUGGAGCAGGGCGCAGUGGAGGUGGAGAGCCGAUGGGAGUCAGAGGCGUCAGGCAUGUCCCCUGCGAGACAAGGCAGCUCCAAGAGCAGAGACGCAGAGAGGCACAGCAAUGGCAGUGCGGAAGAUGCACCAGCGCGAUCAACCACCCCUGUCACGAUGGAGUGUGACGAGUCGGUGGUGCAGGAGCUACUGGAGCUGGGGCAGGCGACGCUCACACAGGAGGAUGUCACUCGCUUGACAGAGGCUGUCGAGGCAGCAGAGCGGCGGGCAGAGAAGGCGGAGAGGGAGGCGGAGCAGCGAGCAGUGCAGGUGCAGCUGCUGGAGGCGAAGAUGGCUGCCAUGCUGGUACGCGGUGAUGUGCGCCCAACAGACGAGCAAAAGCGCUCUCCCUCCCUCGUGUCCACCGCUCCCAUAUAUGCUGUGCCCAAACCUCCCCCAUUUCUUAUCCCCCUCCACCCACCCCUCCUUCCCUCUGCCUCUCUCCAGAACUCCAGUCCAACGGACGAGCACAAGCGCUCGCCCUCCCUGGUGUCCUCGUCGCCCAUCUCCUUCCGCCUCUCCCCCGUCGCCUCCUCCUCCUCGCCUGACCCCGCCUCCCUCACUCGCUCCAGCAGCGGCAGUGCCACCUCCCAGCACAGCCCGCAGCAACAGGGCCAACCUCAGCAGGAGCAGCAAGGAGGGCAGAGUCAAGAGAGCAGAAGAGGGGAAAGAGGAGCAGGAGGAGUGGAAGGAGAAUUGACAGGAGCAGCUCAGGGUUUGAAGUUAACAGGAAGAGCCGGGGCAAAAGUUGGAGUGGCGGGAGUGAGAAAGGGAGGCGUCUUGACACAUGAAGCAGUAGCCAGAAGAAGCGUUGUGGGUGUGGUUGUGGAGCAAAAAUCAAGGGCAGAGACAGGGGAGGUGCAGGAGGAGGAGGGUGAGAUAGAGGGACUGGAGGAGGAAGGGGAGGACGGGGUGGAGGAGUUGAGGCAGAUGGUGCAGAGAGUGCAGAGGCAGAACCGCAUCACCCAUGUGCUCCUCUCUGUGGUCGUGGCGGCCUCUAUUCCCCCUCUCGUGGCCUUGGUUCGGGGGUUGUUUGGUGGUUGGGGUCGGCGGUACGAGCCUAAGAGGCCGGGGGCAGGGCAGGGUCCGAAACAGGUUUCACGUGUCUCGAUUCGGAGCAAGUAG